AUGUUUUUUUUCAGAACGGAGAAUGUGUAUGAGAAGGAAAUUAAGGAGAUGAACGGGCUGGACAGCUCCAACCCCAUUGCCCAGAUGGAGGAGGACGGGGAGAACGAGCAGAAAAGGGAGAGAGAAAAAGUGAAGGAAAAAGAGAAGGAGAAAGAGAAGGAAAAGGAAUCCCCCUCCAGCGACCAUAAGGAAAAGAAACUCACGAAGAAAAACAAUUUUAUGAAAAUUUUUAAAAAGAAGAAGAAAAAAUCGGAAGAAAUGGAAGAGACGGUUUCGAAAAUAUACGACUCGGAAUGUAUGCUAUCAAAUCCGAAUAACGUAGACGAAGAUAAGUACUACCUCUCCUUCAGUGAGCUAAACAGAUGCGACGACAUGUCCGAUAAAAUCGUGCAGGAACGCAGCCCAAGGGAUGCCAAACAUGUGAGCAAAUCAUACACGAGAGAAUCAAACAAAAAGGAUAAAAAAGUAGACAAGAAGAUGUCAAGAGAAAGUAGAAAAAAAAUGAAGAUAAGAAAAAAAAAAACAAGAAUCCCCUCCAUUAAGAAGAUUAAAAAUGAGAAGAAGGACAAAAAUUCGGAAAAGCAAAAGGGUGGAGAAAAUUUCCAUGAGGCGGACCACGCGGAGGACAGAAGUUACAAUUUUGAACCACAUGAAGAUUUAAAAGAAGAAAUCGAAAAAAUAAAAAUAGAUAUAGACAAAAUUAAGAAAAAGGGAAAUGUAAAAAGAAUAUAUGACGAUUUGAAAUAUAUACUCCUUUUCCAAAAUGAAAUAAUUGACAUACUGAUAGAAGACAUCCGGAAGAAUAAAUUAAGGACAAAAUACGACUUGCUAGAAGACAGCACCGUGAAGGAUGAUAUAAAUAAAAUUAUCUUAAAUCACAUAACAUUGGAUCUUUUAAAAUUCAAAUACAUCAACACAAAAUUGAAGGAGCUAAUUCUCUGUGUAUAUGACACGAAGAAAUUUAACGCCUUGAUAAGAAAAAUAGUAUACAACAAAUUGGAUGAAAUGAAAAGAAUUGUGGAUAAAAAUGGAGAGCUAACUUUUGCAAAAACUAUGUUGAGCUUUCUAUACAAGCAGCUUAAGUACUGCCUAGAGGAAGAGGUGCAGUCCUACUAUGACCAAGUGAGAGAUCUGAACGAUGAUAUUCAUAACUUGAAAAAAAAUCUUGUUCACAUCAUUUUUGAGGCCAUAAAUGACGUGUGCUCAUUGCCACAUCCAAGUGAGAUAUACUCCACGGAUGAAAAGAACUCCAAGUAUGAAGCGGAGCUGAAGAAGAAGCGGAUCAUGUGUCCAGAAUAUCAGAAGGACUUGAAUGACUUUUUCUCCCUAUACGAUUGUGUGCAUGUCGAGGGAGGAAACACCCAUAAGCAGGGAGUAAACCAAAACAGGUUUAAAAAUUUCUGCGUUUUAGGAAGUGCGAGGAAGAAUAACCAUAUGAAUCCACCCAAAAUGAUGAGUAAGAAUGUAACCUUUGGUGAUCAUGCUGGUGGGGCCGUGGAAAAAACGCACUUCAUAAAUUCAGAACAGCUCCUAAAGUAUCCACCGUCUACCACCAUUUUAAAUCAUUCUUAUGUGGUUGGAGAUGUGCCCCGGAGGAACGACUCGAAUUUUAGAACCCACAGAUUCGUUUCGCACACCGCGCCCAUAGAUGGGAGUUAUUCAACGAAGGGACAUCAGCAGCCCUGUUCUUAUGUGUCUAAUUUGAAGGUAACAAAAGGGGGCACGUACUCAGAUGAUUUGAACCGUUAUUAUGGUGAGGCCACUUCUGCAGUGCUUAGCAAUGAAUAUGACGCAAAUGGUCUUCCCUACAUUUAUGGAAGAAGUGAUAGUCGCCGAAUGCAAAGCAGCAGUAAUCGUCUUAUGAGGGGCGUCGCUAAGGAAUGCCCACUAUUCUGUAAUGGACUGGAUAAAGUGACAACCUUGGGUAACUUUACGGAACAUACGAAUGAUCAUCCCGUGGUGGGGAACAAUCCCUAUGCGCAGUAUCGAAUUGUAUGUGCUGAUCUUCGCAGGGGGGAUGCAUCCAUUGUGAAGAAGAUGGACUGCAGCUCGCGGAUUAGGCAGCUCGUGGGAUGGAACACUCAUGCGGGUGGGUUCCCAGUACCUUCUUCUGUGUGCGUGCAGAAUGGUGAGCUAAUCGAAACGGGGCGCAUUGACCCGCUGCGUAGUGUUUACUUUGGCAGCGACCAUGACAGGAAAAACUAUAUAUACACUCCUCUCACAGGAGUCGUCGACCCCACCACUGCUACCCCCUCUACAGCCAAUAUGGCCACUCAUUUUGCACACCCGAGUGGUGUGGCGGACCAGGCGACAAACCCAAUGAAGUACACCGGAUUCGAAAUAAUAUCCAGCAAGGAAGACAUAAAGAAGCUGGAGGCGUUUCUAAACGACAAAUGGGGAAGUUUUAGGCUCUUUGAAAAGUGGAUCAAGGACUGCUCCAAAUGGCAGUGGAUAGAUUUGAAGCUUCAGAGAGAGUAUAUAAGUAGCAAUGUGGACUUGGAGAAGCUAAAGGAAGAAAAAAAAAAAUACUUGGAGAAAUGUAUAAACAAGAAAAUAAAGGAAUUGUGGUGCGGACGCAUGAAAGGUCUAAUGAAUUUGAAGCUAUGCGACAUGGAAAAAAAGAUUGCAAAGAAUUUUACAUCAAAUAAUAUCAUUAGUAAAAAUAUUUAUGACGUUAUAUUGGAUUACGAGAGGAGCUCUAUGUGCUACCAAGAUCUGUACGCGACGAUACUAAGUACAGAGGGGGACAACAAAAAGUUUACUUCACUAUUUAAAAAGUACAACGUGUAUAGAGAAAAGAAUAGUGAUGAUGAAGAGGCCAACAUCAGGCACGGGGAGGGGAAAAAGCACUCCAUUACCAACACGGAGGCUACUAAUGAUCCCCAUAAAAAAAAGGGCUAUGUGAAAUCCUUGAUUUACAGCUUUAAUAAGAAGUCCAACAAGCGGAGUAGUAGUAAAAAUGGCUCUCAUCUGAAGAAGGAAAAUGAGAAGUCGAACCAGAAGAAGGGGGGCACCACUUCCGUGAAGGAAUCUCCUAAUUCGAAGGAGCACACGUUCGCGGAAAAUGGAGUAAACGCGAAAAAGGGCAACACAGCUGUGAAGACGGAUGCGCAUACCGAUGUGAACAAAGACAACAUCGGCGAAGAGGUCCCUAGCAGCCACCUCGAUAGAGUAGACAGCUCCUACAUUUACAAGGAUUCGUACCUGAAUACUGACUCGCGAAUUAGGAGCGGAUCCAACAUAGGAUGCGAGUCCCGUAGUGUAAGAAACCCCUCUGAGAGGAGAAGCGACUCCCAUCGUAGUAGCAGUUCCAGCACCUCAGUACGAAUAGGACGGUCAAGCAUAAAGAAAAAAGAAAACAACGGCUCCUUCUUCGACAGUUUCUUUUUCUUCAAAAGUGAACCAAACAAGAAGAGCUCCGGGAGCAAGUCGGGUAGCUCCGAAUCAGCGGCCAAGUCAAAAUCCAAAUCCAAGUCGAGCAGCUCACAAAAUGAAGACGGCUACCCCAUGGAGUAUUCCAAAAUCGUGGAGUCAAGUAAAUACAACAAGAAGAAAAAGAAAAAAAAGAGCAAAAGGAGUAACAUGAGUACCUUUAAAAAGAUAUUUUAUCUGAACAGGAAAAAAAAAAGCAAGGACAAGUCCUCCGACAGCGAUGAAUCCUCGUCCGACUCGUCCGAAAAGGGGGAGAAAAAGGAAAAACGCGCAAAGCUUAAGCAAGACGCCACCAGGGGGGAGGAAAAAAACCAAACAAGGAAGUCAACACGGGAAAAGAGCAGCGUAAAAAAGGGAAGCCUAGACCAAAGUGACAUCUGUUCGGACCGUCACUCCUCCUCUGAUGAGGAAGAGUACAAAUCUGACGAAGAAUUCGAAUACGCACUUUUAGAAAAGGAAGUGGGGGACCAUCUACACUUGGAAGAGGGAAAGGAAGAAAUCGUGUCCAUUGAAGAGCUACACAAGGAACAGAGUUGCGAACUGCUUGCAAAGUCGAAUGUUAGCAGUGGUGUUGGCGCGAGGAAAAGUCUCAACGGGGUGAAGGAUGGAGGAAAGGAAGAAUCCAAGCAGGGGAAGCAGCAAGAAAAGAAGCAGGAGAAGCAAGGAAACGACAACACGGGGAAGCCAGAAAGCAAAGGAACAGGUGCGCAGGAAGGAAAAAAUGAACCCACAGGAAAUGGCAGAGCUAAGGGAGCAGAACCCACAUUGGUGAGCCAAAUUGGCGAUAACAUGCAGGAAAGCACACGUCGCUUGUCAUACACCAAAGUGAGUGAGCUAAAUAAGGUACACUCAUUUGUGGAGGGCCACUCGACCAGUUUAGGAAAAAAUUCCAAGCAAACUUCCAGCGUCAUACAUAAAAAGGCGAGUUCUUUUGUGAACGAUGGGUCAGGCGAACUGGGGGAACACAGAACGAAGUGCAACCGUUACGGUGAAGUCAACGUAGAAGCCCAGAAUGUAGCAGAGGAGACAGAAGAAAAAGUGGCAGAAGAAAUCGGAGCAAAUCACCACACAGCGAGGGGAGAAAAAUCACGGAAUAAUCGCACCCACGAGGGGGAACCCAGAAAUGGAAGCAAAAAAAAUAACUCCAUUACCCACUCGGACAUUUCGAACUACUCACAUGAUGAGGAAGAAGAGGAGAUAGACGCAGGAGGAAAGAAAUACGACAAGUUCUCAAGCCUAGGUUCCCUAAAAAAAGGAAACAAGAAAAAUAAAUUUAAUAAAUUUUUAAAGAACUUGGGAAAGUUUACCUUCAAGCCAUCGAAAAAAAAGUCCGAAAAAAUGUCUACUCAUACGAGCGAAAUCAUUUUGAAGAGUGCACCCAGUGUCGCUUCCAACGGAAGUAAUGAUGAGCAUAUGGAUGAAGAAAUAUUAGGAGAGGAUCACGAAGGGGUGGGGCCCAAAGGGUUGAGUACACAGGGGAAAAUGUAUAUGUCGAAGAGCUUCUUGCUAAGCAGUGACGUCAGUAAUAAAAAGGGGGAGAGUCACACCAAACGAAAAAUGAGCCAUCAGGUGGAUAAGUUAUAUUCCUAUAUAAACAAACUCAAGGAGAAGAAAAAAAGCUCCACCGAAAAGGAGGUAAACUUGAAUGAUGAGGGGACGAACGGUGCAGCGAGGGAGGAGCAACAGCUGAGAGACACAUAUAGCAAGUCAAGUGGUAAGGCAAUUCCCCCCAUGCGUAUUAUCAGUCGCAUCGAAACUUCGAACAGUAUAAAUGUGUCCAAUGAAAACAUCAAGAAGGAGGUAAAGAAAAACGAGUCCGAAGUAAACCCUUUGACGAACAGACCGUACAGCAGUGGCAACAUUAACAAGGGGGAUCAUUGUCUGGGUGAAGAUAUUCUGGAUAAGAGCAGCCCUACGGAGCAGAAAAACUCGCCGCGCUUUGGCUACAGCAUGUCUAAUCAAGAGAUCUCAGAAGGAAGCGACAAUUCAGGCGAUAGUGCCUCAGCUGGGAAUAUCACCUAUGAGGAGAGUUCAGGAAAAGGGAUUGAAGAAGCCACAGCGGAAAAGAAACACCGAAGUGGAAAAAUUGACGAGGGGAGAAAUGUUGCGGGUGUAAAGAGGAAGGAAAGGAAAAAGGACAAGGGGGAGAAGCUGGACUGGAAAAAUUCACUAAACUCGCAAAAUUCCCAGCACUCGCGGAACGCGCGGCGUCGAGUGAAAACGCCCAGCAUCUCGUCUUCCUCAGACAACCUAAGCAAUUACGUGAAGAGCAAGUACCAUGUUAAGGAGAGCGACGAAAUCCACAAAGAGGCGAUGAGCUCCGUAAGUGCCAUGGACAGGCACCUCGGCGACAGCAUGUACAGUAGCUUAUACCUUGAGGAGCGGGACGAGAAAUUUAAGAAAAAUAUUUCGAAAAAGUUUUUAAACAAAAAGAAAAGUUCAAGAGGUUCAAGAAGUGCAAGAAGUGCAAGAGGUUUCAAAAAAGGGAGUCGAAAGAAGGACGAAAAUUCCUCAAACUCUUUGGACAUUGUUAGGUUAUCCAGUUUUAAGUCAAAGUCAGAUGUGAAGCUCUCCUGCAGUAACAGCAAGGGCACUUCUUUCUCCUUGUGCGAUUCGAAGGAGUCUCACAUUUCGCGUGGGUACAUGUCCGACAGCAGGAAGGAGAAUAAUUCGUACUACAAAUAUGUCCAAUCGAUGUUACCCUUUGGGAUGAUGGCUCAUGGGGAAAAUGCUAGUUACGAUGGGGAUUCAGAAGAUGGAAGAAAGGGACGUCCAUUGCAGAUGGAUAGCUAA